AUGCCUGUUGGAGCACCAGACCACUGUUUUCUUACCGGCUAUCCAAUUCGCGUCGAUGCCUUUGCCACACCAAAUGACCCGUCGUUUGCUCCUCCGUUGCUGCACCUCUUGACACAUACACAUACGGACCAUCUCGACGGUCUCAAUUCGUCUUCUUUUGGUGGGCAGAUUAUUUGCUCUCAAGUUGCAAAGGACAUGCUCCUCCGCCAUGAACGCGUCGCGGACCGCGUAGAGUUUGACAGGGGCAUCUCAAGCAGUCGCAAAAGGCCUUAUGCUCAUCUCAGGGUCGAAGCCAUGGUUAUGGAUGGGAAGAAGAUCUCUCGAUACACAAAGGAUUUGCUUAAACCAAUUCCACUACAGCAACCAACGGCAGUUGAACUCUCGCACUCUAUGAAGGUUCGGAUUACCGCCAUUGAUGCCAAUCAUUGUCCUGGCGCAGUCAUGUUUCUCGUCGAAGGCCCAGCAGGAGCCGUCUUGCACACUGGAGACGUCCGAGCAGAACGUGUAUUUCUCGAGAGUCUAAAGGGAAACCCCGCACUACAACGGUAUAUCCCGCACCCAGCUGCACCGUGGCCCGCCCCACCCACAGCUCCUGUCCAGACACUCGAGGCCAUUCAUAUCGACACGGCUCAUUUAUUCAUCACGUCAAAUCUUUUAAGCAAAGAAGACGCAGUCGAAGGGCUACUCACCUUGAUGGCACUCUUCGACCCAGAAACAACGUUCCUGAUGAAUACUUGGUGUUGGGGUUACGAAGAUAUUAUCAAAGGCGUCGCCAAAAGGUUUGGCAGUCGGGUACACGUAGAUCGUUACAAAGAUGAGAUAUAUCGACAUAGCCGCGAUCCAACCCUCCUACAGUCCAUUACCAGAGCCGAAGAGACGCGCUUCCACGCUUGUGAACCCACCAACCGCUGUGGAACCAUUGUUUCAAAUGCCGGUAAUGUCGUCUAUGUGAAUCCGGUGGAGAUGUCCAUAGAACACUGGGAAUUGUACAUGGCAGAGACGAUGCAGUCUCUGCUCAACGGUGAAAGGCUUACAAAUCUACUGGUACCCUUUUCCCGUCAUUCGGGUGUUCAAGAGCUUCAAGACCUCGUUGCACUCUUCAAACCCAAAAAAGUGAUUCCCAACGACUUAAUGUCAUGGUUUUAUGGGCUCGAAUGGAUCUGUUUUCCAGCCAUGUUUGGUCCCUAUCUCGCUCCCGGAGGAGAAGAACUUGUCCAAGAUCAAAUUCGCAAAGCUCAGCUACCGACAGACCGUAUACUCGAAGCUCUGGACGCAAAAAUGCGUGAAAGUGCGGUGGAAUUUGCUAUUGGAGAUGGUUCGAGGAGUCUGGUGGCAUUGUGGUCGAGCAAGAACCCUAUGGGUGGCGAGUCUCUCUUGACGCGUCUCAGACAAUAUCUUCCAAAAUACGUCCAGGAGCAUAUAGAGGCGAAAUGGAUGGACCUCGGCCGUCCAAAACUGGACAUAGGACCCAGUGAAUCCGAGUCAUCACAGGAGGAGUGUGACGAGGAGGAUUCUCAACUUCGAAUGUCCUUUUACGGGCUAUCGAAACCCUCAAACCUUGAUAAAGAGAGCCCAUAUGCGCGAGUCUCACCUACAAAGUCGACUGUGGAACAGACACCUCGCCAGAAACCGUACAAGCUGCCUGAUCCCAGCAAAGUCAUUUUCAUUGAUCUUACCGUCUCGCCCCCAAUGUCUCCUAAACGGGAGCGAGAGGAGAUAACGCUUGUGGAAAAGUCACAAAAAAGGAAGCGAACUGAGACGGUGAUACUUUCUUCCCCUGUUCAGGGGCACCCUCGUGGCACCCUGAGUGCUCAACCGUCGGCGAGUACCUCGAGGCGACGCUCGAUGGAACGAACGCAAAUCGCAGAAUCUGGAGCAAUCACGAUAUAUAACAAGGUGGACAAUGACAUUUCGGCGCGGAAUUCAAGAGACGUAUCGCACUCUCAGCUCAUGAGCCGCAAAAUACCUCUAGAGCAAAGCGAAUACAUAAAGACGUGGAAUAAUGCGGCACUACUGGUCCAUAGUUCAUCAGGAAGCAGAAUAUCAGCUCAAGAACUGGAGGACGAGGCUCCUGCAACGGCCACAAAGCCUGGUCGCACAGUCGAACCCUCGAUAGAAUCUCCACCAGGUGUUGACAGCGUUCGCGUCAACAACCUCUUCAAUGGUGUAAGGGAUGGAUCCACGGAGUGGAUGGGCCUGAGUUGCCUCGGCAGUCAGAGUCAGUGA